UUGUAAUGGAGUAUAUUGAUUACACUGCGGUGUUGACACAUUUUAAUGAUCUAAAUACUUCCACCACCAAUAGUAUUUUUAAUGAGUUCACAUUCCCCCAAAAAAUAAUAAUUAAAAAAGGAAACACAACAUUUAUUAUUCCUAGCAUUAACCCCCCUCCCGCCAUUAUAAACUAAACUAAAAAAAUGAAGGAAAUAUCACCAUGAGCAAGAACUGUGUAGUAACGUUGCCGCUGCAGCAGAUGGCGCUACAAGACAAAGAGGCGGCAGCAGAGGGUAUAUGCAGGAACCACAACAGAGAGUGAUCACAUGAACGCACCUUAUCGUGCUGGCUAAGUGGAUGUGCACCUGCAGUCUCUCCUUGCAGUCCUCCUUCUGCUCCUCCUCUUCCUCCUGUCCUCCUUCCUGUCGGUCGGACAGCGUUAGUGCGCAAAGCGACCGGCAUGCAGCUGGAGAUAAAUCCCCCCCGCUCAGCCGGCCGAGGGCUCAGCCGGAGAGCAUGGCAGCAACUACACUGAUGCUCCAGCAGCGAGGAUAUAGCAGCAGAGACCGGGUGGGUGUCGGAGCUGCAGCCUGGGCGUGGGAGAGAGGUAGAGCCACGAUGAAAGCGGUGUAAUUCCUCAGAUAUAGGAAUGGGGGGCGGGGGAACCUGAGUAUCCUCUGGAUCAGAUUUUGUAUUUGUGGGUUUUAUUUGGUGUCUUGAUCUGUGAAAUUUAUCAAACACUGUACUUCGUGCCUACCAACCUCCACCGGAGCUGAGAAGGAUGGAGAAAGGCGCACAACAGCAGCCGCAGCUGUCCAAACACGCAGAGAGUACGGCGAAGGACAUCUCCAAAAUCCACGACGAGGAGCUGCUCCAGUGGGACAAAGAGGAGCUGGUGCGGCGGCUCAGGAGGACAGAGGCGGAGAAGAGGGGCGUCAUCGUAGAGCACGGCAAUCUGAUGCGGGAGGUGAACCGGAGACUCCAGCAGCAUCUGAACGAGAUACGGAGUUUGAAGGAUAUAAACCAGAAACUGCAAGAGGACAACCAGGAGCUGCGGGACCUGUGUUGCUUCCUAGAUGAUGACAGGCAGAAGGAGAAGCGGGUGUUGCGGGAGUGGCAGCGUCUGGGCCGCUACAGCGCUGGCUUGAUGAGGAAGGAGGUGGCUAUUUACCUGCAGAAGCUGAGUGAGCUGGAGCAGCAGCAGAUGGAGGUCAUCAGGGAGAACCUGGAGCUCAAGGACGUGUGCCUCAUGUUGGAGGAGGAGAGGGCUGUGGCUGGGGUGGGGGGCAGUAGUACAGGUGGGCAGGUUGGCUCCAGCUACAGGAGUUCCAUAGACAGUCAGAGCAGCUUGUCUCAGCUGGGUGGAGGCGUCCCAGUACCUGGCCUUUUGCGAGAUGUUGGUGAUGGGAGCAGCACCUCUAGCGCAGGAAGCACAAAUAGCUCUGAUAACCCCCACCACAAACCCCCUCCCCUGGGCUCUAGCACAGACCCUGGAUCUGGAUCGAGCUGUGUUUCCUUGGAGCAACCACUGAAACCAGGAGAUGUGUGUGAAUCAACAGGCAGAGGGCACAGCUCCACCUCAGAGUACCACACCUUCCCCCAGUCCUGCAGGCCCCGUGAAGGGUCCCUCACUAACCUUGACCCUCAUAGGCUUCGGGGACAUAGCCCAGAGAAACACAGCAAGUCUCCCACCAGGCUACCAUACAACUCCCACCUCAAACCCUGCAGCUCUGACCUACUAGCCCAGAAACAGCUAUUACUGUCAGGACAGGCACCAGGCUCAAGCAAGGGGACAGCCAAUUCCACCCCAGAGCUGAGUCAGAGACACCGGCAGGUUAAGACAGUGGGGUUGAGCCGCGGGAAUCCCGGGGCAGCAUUUGGGACACCUGAGCACCUGCAAAAAGUGCGGGUGAUUUUGGGGAGUCCAGAGUCUAUACGGCACCACUAUCACUGUCAGCACAGCAAGGGGAGGUGUAACAGUGGUUCCCCCAGCAGGGAUGGGCAUCAGAGGCCAGCAGAGGAGGAGGUAGCUCCCCACCACCAGAUUCUGUACAACGGUAGGUACAGGGUAACUUUAAUGCUGUAUUUCAACUGAUGACUCAUUCAUGACCUAUAAAACAUAUGAUUACAUUUACAUAAAGUUACAGUACAACAGUGGUUUAAAACAUCUGGCAAGACUG